GAAAUCAUUUGCAUCCGGGUGCAGGUUUGUUUACGGUCCUCGGUCUGCUCGGUGCUUAGCUAAUGCUAAGCCUCGUGAGAAGCGGGAGCAUCUGCCACAUUUUUUCAGACACUUUGCUCUCCAUAAAUGGCAUCUCAGAUCCCAAUAACAGUUCGGCCGCAGCUGCCAGCCGCCAGCCCCUCCGCUAACCGGGGAAAGAAACGUCCCGGUAGUCCGGCGGUGUCUGCCGCUCAACAGUCCACCGGGAGCGGCAGCAAGAAGAAGAAGGGGCAGCUGACGGCGACACCUGCCACUCAAAUACAGGUUAAUUCAUCUGGUGUUGAUAUAGACCAAUUAUAACUGUAUAACUCUGUCAGUGAAGGAUGGUAUAACAAUCUAGAAGAGCAUACGCUUCCUGUGUAUAAGGAGAAGCUAACACGAAAAUAUACACAUUAUUGCAAAGAGCGACUACGAAGUAAAACUGCUGAACUGCUUAGUGAGAUCAAUUUGUGUAAAAACUUUUACGUUUCUGUUUUCGAUCAUAAUUUCUCUCGUCUUGAUGACUAAGGCAAAUUCCAAUUUCACAAAGUGAACACUAUUACACUAUACACUAUUCAACUAGUAUAAUAAUUCUUUUUUUUAUCAUUAGAUAUAACCGCUAAAAAGCUGUUCGGUAAAAGAACAUUUUAAUAUGAGAAUGUCUUUAAGUGAUUCAGAACAUUCACAGCUGUAUUUUUGAAAAGAAAAAGUAAAACAUUUCAACAAUCUGAACUGAAACUCUGAUCCUCUCAUCAGACUUUCUCAGUUAAGUCACUGGCUCAACUUACCCCAGAACUACUAUUGUGACUUUAUUAGUCCUCUAAACUAAAAUGGUGGACUUUAAUGCUAGUUGAGGAUUCUGAAGAUGUGUUGUUUUUGUUUCUCAGACAACAGCAGCAGAGUCUGCGGCUGAGGUGAAGGCAGCAGGACCAGUUGACAGUGGUCCAACAUCUCUCUCCGAGUCAACAGCUAAGCCUCCUCCUUUCAAAGACCCCAAUUUUAUGGUAAGAGUUCAUCCAUGCCAUCUGAUUUUGUUCUCCAUGAAUUCCUGCCCCUCUUUUUAAUCCCUUAUUAUCACGGCAGCAUUCUGGGAUUGGUGGAGCAGCAGCAGGUAAAAAGAACAGGACCUGGAAGAACCUCAAACAGAUUCUUGCUUUGGAGCGAACUUUACCCUGGAAACUCAAUGAUCCUAGCUGUGAGUUUUGUUAUCUUACUUUUGCCUGUUACAUGAGAAAUGUUCAACCGUUAUCAUUAAACAAAGUAGCCCAGCUUUUAUAUUUGAAUCGUUCACUUACUUGUACAAAUAAUGCCCAAUAUACAUAUAGAUAAUAUAUAUUAUUAUAUUAUAUAUUAUAUUAUUAUUAUAUAAUAUAUAUAAUUUAUCUUUUUUGUUGUUGUCCUGAAAUCUGUUUGAAUGCAUUUUCCCUUUGAGUUUAUAAAGAUUUUUGUUUAAGUUUACGAUUUUUUUUUUUACUAGCACUCGCAUUCAAGUUAUUUUGUGUUCACAGACUAUAACAUUGACGCUCCUCCCUCCCUGUUGCCAACCAAGAAGUACUCUGACAUCUCUGGACUCCCAGUGAGUAUACAGUUAAAGUCCUAAAGAUACCAAAUAUACAUACAAACUUGUCAGUCAAGUAUAAAGAUGACACUGAUCACUGUUUUGUCUCCCUUUAGGCAAACUACACAGACCCUCAGACAAAACUGCGCUUCACAUCCUCUGAGGAGUUCAACUACAUCCGUCUUCUCCCUACAGAUGUUGUCACUGGUUACCUGGCCUUGCGGAAAGCAACUUGCAUAGUACCCUAAUAACUGAGCAAGGUGUAAUAUCUGAAAGUGGUUUAAACUGGACUUGAAACCACAUCAGUGAUGGAAGCUGUAGGGCUGAACAGCCUGAUGAUUGCAGAGAGGCUACCAGGUUGUGUUCACUGAGGAAGAAAACUCAGAUGAAGAGCACAGAGAAGCAACUCCUGCAUGCUUUGGACAGCUGGUUUCAAGAAGACAAUUUGUUUGACAAAUUUGACUGAAGGAUAAAUUCUUCAUGUGAUUACUACCUCUAUUUUUUAAGGCUUGUUUCAUAUUGCUAGAUGUUGUUAUGCCAUUGCCAGAGCUAAAACAUCUAAAAUGUAAGAGUCACCUCUUCAUAGCAUGAUGUUGCCUUUGCUAAAUUUGUGUUUUUGCAUUAGUGGCCGGGAUGCCCUCUUGUGGUAAACAUCUGUUUUCUGUGAUGUAAAUCCAGUCAGGUUGUAGAGAGGCUGCACACUCAGAUGUCUCAAAGUGUCUCAAGAGGUUCAGGUAGCUUGAAUUUUUGUGUUUUUGUAAGGUCUCAAUUAAAAUUUUUAUAUGGUGUUGAAGUUUAAUUUCACAGUCUCCACCACAUUAAUCAACAUUGGAGUUGUAAAUGUAUUUCAUUCUCAUUUUAGUACAAACCCUUUAGUGCUUUAACUGAGUUACCUGCACCAGCUUCUCUGUCUCAGAUUGCUGUAAUGUUCUGUAGCUUGUGCAUACAUUUGUAGUCUAUGCAAAUGGAGCUGGGCCAAGAGUCCUCAGUUGGGCCUAAUUUCACAUGUGUCAUAUGUAAAUGUAAAAUUGGUUCCACAUGCUUUUAAUUCCACAGCAGCAUUUGAUAUAUGAUAGACUAAGGGUGUCUCAUUAAUCACACAUGGCAGGCAUACAGGAUUCUUUCCGUGGUGGAUUUUACAUCAUUUUUCACAAACUUGAUUAACGACAACCAUAUACAUUAUUUUCAAUGUAAACGAUCCUCAUUAUGCAAAAUCUGAGAGUGUAACCAUUUUAAGGCUACAGGUCUUAGUCCUGACCUGUUGAUAAAAUAUUAACUGAAUUUCAAGCAUCUGCAGCAUCUUAAUUUGGAACAGCUCAAUUCUAUGCAAAGUAAUAAAGGACUUUUAACCAAUAAACCAUUAAAAGACUGAAGAGAAGAACAGAUUA